AUGAAGCAAACUUUAACCCCUGGAAGAGACUGGUUGGAUCAUCUAAUGGGUUGCAAAAGUGGCCAAAUAUCUACUCAUUUGGUGACAUUGCCAAACAAGUGGAUCUUUAAAGGACACAUAUUCAGUCUCCCAGCAGACGCCAUUGUCUUUUAUUCCCAUGAAUGUCUUGUCUCCAGAGCUUACUAUGAACAGCACGGCUGUAAGUUCACCUCCGUCAUUCCCACCAACGUCUUCGGCCCACACGAUAAUUUCAAUAUUGACGAUGGGCACGUCCUGCCGGGGCUCAUCCACAAAGUCUACUCGGCCAAGCAGAAUGGCACUGCUCUCUCUAUCUGGGGCACGGGGCAACCACGGAGACAGUUCAUCUAUUCACUGGAUCUUGCAAGGCUUUUCAUUUGGGUGCUGAGGGAGUACAAUGAGGUUGAGCCCAUUAUUCUUUCUGUUGGAGAGGAGGAUGAGGUGUCCAUCAAGGAAGCAGCCGAGAGCAUCGUAGCAGCCAUGGAGUUUAAGGGAGAGCUGAUUUUCGACAGCACAAAGUCUGAUGGGCAGUUCAAGAAGACUGCGAGUAACCACAAGCUCAGGAAAUACCUGCCGGACUUUCAGUUCACCCCCUUCAAUAAAGGCUCGUCCGGUGCAUCUGAGAGCAGCAGGGAUGUUUACUGGCUUUUUACUGGCUCUUACCAUUAUGACAUCACAGUAGGGACAGUUAUUUCAGCCUUGAAAUGUCAUGUGAUGAUGCAGCAGGCAGCUUUGUGACAUCACUGCAUAGCAACUGUAACCACAA